CGGUGUGUGAAGGAAACGUCUUUAAUUUCUUGCCCCUUUUUGUCAUUCAUACAUACAUUCAUACUCUCUAGACAAACAUUUUUCUUUAUUUUUAUAGUCACCUAAACCAAAACCCCAUAAAAGAGAGGAGUGGAAAGGAGAGGAAGGUAGAAAGAAAGAUAUGAGAAGCUUGAAAAUCAAAGGUGAAAAAACCCACAAAAUCACCCAAAAAACCUCAUAAACAACAACAUCAUACUGCUCAAACUCUCAUAUUCAAACGGUAGAAUGUUUUGAGUAAUUUCAACUCUAUAAUUUCAUCUACAAUACUAGAUCUUAAGGAAAUCUAUACAAUUCAUGGAAAGAAGAGAAGAGAAGAAUCAGAUUAAAUCGACGGAGCCAGAAUUUGUGUUACAGUGGGGGAAAAGACUUAGAUGUGUUCGUGUUAAAAAUCCAAAUUUCUCAUCAAAAUCUACCGGCGGAAUCCGCCAGAAAAUCACAUCUCGCAUCGUUACCACUGACGCCGCCGGUGACCCUUCUUUCUCUCCGCUCCACCGCACAAACAACAACAAUACAAGCACCAACCAUAACCACAGGGGUUCGGAUGCGUCGGGACAUCUAAAGUCGCCGGAGAAAGAAGAGAGUUAUUAUACGACGAGAGGGUCAACGGUUGGAGACGAGAGAGAAAAUGGGAAGUCGAUAAUAAUGGCGGAAGGAAAUGGGUUUGGGAUUACGGCGCAAGAAAGAGGGGGUUUGGUAUGGCCGAAGUUGUUUGUAAGUUUAUCAAGUAAAGAGAAGGAAGAAGAUUUUCUUGCCAUGAAAGGUUGUAAACUUCCUCAAAGACCUAAAAAGAGGGCUAAAUUGGUUCAACGUACUUUACUUUUGGUGAGUCCAGGAGCAUGGUUGUCUGAUAUGUGCCAAGAGAGGUAUGAAGUGAGAGAAAAGAAGACUCCCAAGAAGAGACCAAGAGGUUUAAAGGCUAUGGGCAUGGGAACGAUAGACAGCGACUCGGAGUGAAACGAGCUCCUUUCGUCGACAGCUUCUGUCGUUUGCAAAAAGAAAAUUAGGAUUUUGUAGAUCUGAUUAUUGCUUCUAUGCAAAUUGUAUUUUUUUGUUCACUGAUUAUUCUUCCUUUAAACAAAUGAAUUAAGGAACAACUUCAUCCAUUUUGUACAUAUUAGUGCUUGAAAAAAAUACAAGAUUUUCACUAAUUGGUAGUAAUAGAUUAAUUUUUUUGCU